AUGUUCAAAACGGUGUUAGUGAGAAAACUCAUUGAAAGACCUCCUAAAAUACACUACACACCUUCAGAGGAAAGGAUGACUCACCACACUGACGACCCGAGCUUUUUCUCUAAAGAGCCCAUUAGUCUCCUGUAUGCGUUUGGCUACGACAGCCAGAGAAUGGCAAACCUCCACGUUCUGGACGAGACCACACUGCUGUACAUGUCAGGCUUCGUGCUGACCUUCCUCAACCACAGAACGCUGGGGAAAUCUUAUCUUCGAUGUCUCGGUGGCUCUUGUUUUGGAGCACUAGCAAUUCACCCCAGUAAAAAACUGUUUGCAGCCGCCGAGAAAGGACGCUAUCCAUUAAUUGGAAUCUGGUCGUGGCCAAAGCUGCAGCUGUUCCGGAAACUGAAAGAGGGAACGGAUAAAGUGUAUGCCUCUGUGAACUUUAGCCCAGAUGGUAGACACCUGGCAUCACAAGGCGGAGACCCAGAUUACCUGAUUACCGUCUGGAACUGGCUGGCCGAGUCACCCCUGCUCCGUGUCAAGUCUCACGCCCAGGAUGUCUUUAGGGUCACGUUCUCCAGGGAGCUGGCUGGACGGCUGACCACUUCCGGCUUAUGUCAUAUCAAAUUCUGGAAGAUGGCGAACACAUUUACCGGACUGAAACUGAAAGGUGACAUUGGGCGGUUUGGUCGCACUGAGCUGUCCGAUAUUGAAGGCUAUGUGGAAAUGCCUGAUGGAAAAGUUGUCAGCGGAACUGAGUGGGGGAACCUCUUAGUGUGGGAGAACGGUUUAAUCGUGGCCGAACUGUGUGUGAAGAACGACGUGCCUUGUCAUGAUGGUAUUGUCCGACAAGUGCUGCUCAACGAGGGCGAGUUCUACACAACAGGCCAGGACGGCAUGGUGAAGACUUGGAGCUUCGAUGCCGUGGACACGGCUGAGAUCAACACCAGUGAGGAGAGCAUCAAGGUACCGCUCAAAGUGUUGGCAAAAGUAAGCGUCAACGAAGGCGCGGAUAUUUGGUCCAUUGUUCCGGACAUGCAGGAAUCAGAUUCAACAUCGGUGUUCUGGUUCGCGCAGGACGGCAAGGGUACUAUCUGGAAAGUCGAUCUGUCGUUUCUUAACACUGCAAAGGAACCAACAGUUAUCUCCACGGCUCACGGUGGACCCAUCGUCGGCUGUAAGUGCUCCCGCCUGGACACCAUUUUUACCACACUGGGAGCCGACGGACAAGUUCGAGUCUACAAUUACAUCACCAAGGAAUUAUUGGCUAGAGCCGCAUUCAGCGCCCGAGGCUCCUGUCUGAUCUGGCCAUCAGUGUUAGACCCCUUCAACACAACCAUGAUCGCUGGCUUUACAGAUGGCACGUUUCGGGUUCUGGCUCUGUCUGGAGAAUCUAGCGACAACCUCCCAAUGACUCUCAACUUGGAGCAGGUCAGGAAACCUCACUCGCAAGCACUGACCACGAUGGAAGUGGACACUGACGGAGAGCUUUUUGUCACUGGAGGUGAAGACGGUACCAUAUUUUUCUUUGAUGUGCGACAGGACUACCUGCCAAUGGCCUUUGUCCAAAUGCCGGACUGGAAGCCAGUGAGAAUUGUGGCCUGGUCAAGAAGUAUAUCAGACAGAAAAACAGUGUUUGCAGCUCUCGAUGGUGGCACUAUACAAGAAGUUCUGGCGCCAACGUGGGAGGAAAUAGAUAACGAGACGUCGUAUUUUCAUGUUGAUGCAAAGCUGCUCAGGCGAUAUGACUUCAUGAGCAUAAAGUCACAGCUGAGACACAACGAAGAACUACAGAGAGAAAGAAUCGCAGAGGAGGCCAGACAAGCUGCAAUGGAAGAAGAGAACAGACAAAGAAUAGCAGAUGGUAUAGAGACACAAUCUCAGCAGGAUCUUCGUCUCAUGCUAGAGGCGGAAGAGAUGGAGAGAAUGAAGGUAGACGAGAAACCCAAGAAAAAGUGGGAGCCGUACAUUCCAGCGGAACCUAGCCCCAUCUUGUUGAUGAUUCCCUGUCCAUUUCAAAAUGGCGAACUGGUGCUUUCAAUGGGAAAAUAUGACGCCGGCUACUUGUACAUGGUCAAACUCCUUGACAACGAAGAGAAUCCUUCCUAUGAAGCGAAACCACAGGAGCCAAUUGCAGCCAUUCCCGUGAACGAGUCGGAUGAUGUUCCUAUGACAGCCUACACCAUUAAUUCUGACGGCGAAACCGUAUUCUGGGGCUUUGAGGAUGGCAGAGUUAGAAUCCAACACUUGGCAUUUCCAUUUGACAUGGAGAGCGUCGGUGCACACUGGACUAUGGGGGUCCAUGAUUGCAUCAGGGGCUCUUUGACAUCCCUAGCUCUGGACAAGGAUGGCAUGUUCUUGAUCACUUGUGGAAACGAUGGCAACUGCUUCCUGCACAGUCUCGUGCCAGUGACGGAUGUAGAGACGUACACGUCACAGGUGAAGACUCCUCAGAUCCCUGUCAGACAGGCUCGAAUGGACAUCCAAGACAUUCUGAGUCCAACUGCUUACACGCUUGAGGUGUCUAAAACUAUCGAGAAAGAGAUGGCCCUGCUGGCUACAGCCAAGCGUAACAAAGCAGCCAAGCGAGAAGAGAUUGUUCGCUUACGUCUCAUGUUCUAUGAUAUAGUCAGACGGAACAACGAGCUCCCAGAGCACUGCCGUCUGACAGAGACUGAGUUUAUAAUUACCAAAGAUGGCGCCGUUAGAAGAGAAGCAGAAAUAGACCAAGCUCUAAAGCAACUUGAUUUGGAGAUGGCGUGGGAGAGAGAGCGAUGCAGCAUCGCCUUGAACAAGCUGAAGUCGUUUUACAAGGAUCAUGUCGAAUGUCAUCACUUUAUCGUGAAGGCCUUCAACUCCAACCUGGCUGUAAGCUCCUUCAGACUGACCUCGUUUCCCCCAUUCUUUGAGGUAGCCAAAGACAAGAUCCUGCACCAGAGCACGCCUCACGGAGUUGAGUCCAGCAUCGGCGACGACGACGUUUCUGGGGCGUCCAGUACCAUUUAUGAGCACGAGCCAAAGCCAAAACGGAAACGAGGCAUGGACAAGUUCGUCUACCAACGGCUGGUGAGACUCUGGGAACGAAAGCAAAAGAAGAUCCUUCGACGGCACGUGUGGAAAGAAUUUCUGGCCACGGAACCAAAAGGCAAGGAACUCAGGGAAGAAGACAGAGCCAUAGAGGAAGCUACCAACACAAUAGGAGACAUGAAGCUCAAGAUGGCUGCUGACUACAAGAUUCCCGACAGCAAGAAGCUGACGGAACAUCGAGGUCGCAAGCGUCUUGUAUAUUUGGAGGAAAUUAUCUAUAAGCUAAAAAGCAACUUCAACACAUCAUUAAUUCAACAGUUGCAACGUAAGACUCAGCUUAUAGAACAAAUGAACAGCUACCGGAAUAUUGUACUCGAACACCAGAGUCUGCUUCCCAAGGAGGAGCGCCUAGAGGUCCCGGAGAUUGAAAAACUCAGCCCAGAUGAAAACCCAAGACGGCACCUGGAAUGCACGCCUGAUGAAGUCAAAGCUUAUAAACAGCAACUGGAGGAGAGGUCCAAGAUGGCAGCCACGCAGGUUACCACACAUAAAACUAAAAAAGUAGAAACACCAGUUAAACGGAAGCAACACGCCGGACAACUUUACAAGAAAGUAUCGAGUACAAACAAGUUGCCGCUACACGAAGUAACCGACGAGGAGAAGGUCAAAGAAGAAGGACACGACCUGGGCAAUUUUGUGGAAACGAUUCCUUGCGAGCCGUCGACUCUAGAGAAGCGUAUCAUGCACGUGAAGCUGCAAGUGGCCAGGCACUAUCAACAAUACUACAUUAACAAGAUCGCAGAGGAGUGCUUCAUUUUCAACGCCCAGAUUAAAGUUCUGAGGCAUCGAAAAGCAAAACUGGAUUAUCUGUUAAAAACUGCUGACCAAAGAAUGGUGGUUCUGACCCAGGAGUUUCUGCUGGCUCAGAGAAGCGAGGCCAUGGAAGCAGCGAUGGAAGCACAGAUUAUGGAUGCCAACAAAGAAAAGAAAGAAUAUGCGGCACAUGUGAAAGCCUUGUCAAAGAAACAAGAAGCAGUUAAGAAAGACAUGGAUGGCUUCCUUAAACAAAAGAACGUUUUGCUUCAAGAUGUUAUGCAGAUUGCUUCGAAAGUUCCCGUCUUUGAAAAGUACUUGAUCCGUGUCUUCAACAAAAAGAUUAGCAAACCUAAAGUUAAAGAGCUGGGGGUCAAGAUAACAGAAUCCCAGGUCUCGUCCGGAAGUGACGACGACAGUGACUCCAGCAGCGAUAUGGACAUGGAUUUGGAUGAAGAUGAUGACGACGGGCUGGACAUUGAUUUCCCGCCCCCAGAGCUCAACAAAGACGUCUACGACCAGGUGGUUGAAGUCCGCAAAGGGCGUGUUGCUAUCGACGAGCACGAACAGGCCGCCAAGGAGGUCUUCGACGAGCUGGCAGCCAGCAUCAACACACUGAAGGGCAAAAUUGCCGCUGCUGACAAGGAGUUCGAAAAAGGCCGAAAGGAAUUGGAGGCGUUCACCAAAGAAAAGCAGCAGUUCCUCAACGCAAUCGACAUUGCCGUCUCGCUGAACCUACACCAGAUUCUUCACACGGACAAGGACCUCAGUGUGGCUCUGGUCACCGAGAACAGCACUAUCAGUAGGCUCCGACAGCGCAUCCCAGAGCUGUUGAAAGAGAAGAGGCUGCAGAGGAAGAAGGUCCUGGAGGUGAAGAAGCAACACUUUCAGCUGCAGAGGGAGAAACAGAGGUUUCUAGACAGGCUGGAGGAGAUGAGCAAGAAGUGUGACGAGGCGAUGCUGCGAAAGUUCGGCAUCGUCACGGAUGUGGAGAUGUUGGAGAACUUCUGCGUGGAUCCAGAGAUCGUGGCUCUCCAGAAGCAGCUGCACGAGCUGGAGUCCCGUAACGCCGGCGAGCUGUCCAGGCUUCACUUCCAGCAGCAGACUGUGAUGGAGAAGAGGAGGCGAGAGACUUGCCAACAGACGACCAAGUACUUCACCAUGACGGAGCUCAUGAAACAGAUCUCCAAGAUGACGCACGUCAUGGACGAGGACAUGAAGAGGCUGCCCUCGGAAUACGAGGAUGUCUCCGCCCGCACAGAGGCCAAGUACUUGAGACAGUUAGUCUCGGAACAAUGGCAGACUCUCAACUCGUUAAACUUGGAAAUUAUCAACCUGACUCGUCGAAACAGAACUCCACUGCCGCCCAUACCAGCAAUCAGGGACAGGAUCUAG